AUGGGAAACGCUAUUGCAAACACGGACGUUAUAAACGAACUGACUGAGCGCGCAAACUACUUCGUUGAAGAACGUGUGGCGAAAAUUCCAGCACAAUUCAAAAGCCAAAAGGAUCAUAUCGUCCACGAAAUGCACAAAGCAUCUCCGGAUUCGUAUAAAGAUUUGUACAUCAAAGAUUAUCCAGAGAAAAAUGAGAAACAAGUGUCGAAACUAGCUAUUCACAAUGUUACGUCGAAUGAAGUCAAACAUCAAAUUGUUGAAGAGAUCAACGGGGAAGUUGAUCCAAUAAUAGAUGCGAAAACUGCUCAUCUGAAUAAACUAGUACGAACGGCAACGAAGAAGACGAUUCAUAUUGCCAUUGAGAAAUCUGUUCGAAUAGCUGUGAAUAAAGUACAAGCACAGCUCGAACGAGACGUUGGCUGUUGA